AGUCAUUAAAAUAAGGGAAAAACAAGUACUAGUUUUUUUUAUAAAAAAAAAAGCAAAAAAGACUUUUGGCGGGUAAGUCAACGUCAAGUCGUUACUCGUUAAAUUCAUAUCGCGGGACCCACAAGCUAGCUGGAAUUUUAGUCCGUCGGAAAUUGCCGAGAAUAUGUACAGGAAAUCCAUGGAAGUUGAGGAUACUUCGCAGUACUAGUAUUUAUUUUCACAUUUCAAACAGCCAUUUUUCUGGGCUUAGAUUCCAGUUGAAACAAAAAGAGAAGAAAAAAAAAAACCCCACGAUUUAAUUUCCCAAUUCUGUUUCAUCAUUCGUAUAUCAAAUACUAACUCCAUUGGGAAGCUCAAUCUGCAGCCAUGUCGGACGCAAUCAUAUCUGCGGUCCUGACCCAACUGUUUUCCGUCAUGGAGCAGCAGGUCCGGCAGGAGCUGAAGCUGGUGGUUGGCGUGGAUAAAGAAGUCAAGAAUCUGGAGAACACGUUUAAUUCAAUCAGGGCCGUGAUUUCUGAUGCAGAGAGGAGACAACUAGUGAAAGGGGAUGUUGACAAGGAAUCUGGAUCUUCAUCCUCCCAAAGUGUUAAACUUUGGUUGCAGAGGCUUCAAGAUGCUGCAUACGACAUGGAUGAUGUAUUGUCUGAAUGGAGCAAUGCGCUGUUAAAGUUUGAGAUGGAAGAUGCCUUGGGAAGUUCUCCCUCUGCCCAGAAAAGGGUGUCCUUCUUGGUCAAUUUGCCUUGCUUUUGCUUUAGCCGGGUUGCACUGCGCCGUGAUAUAGCUGUUAAGAUUCAGGAAAUAAAUUCAAGAUUGGAUAACAUUGCUAGUGACAAAGACAGGUACCAUUUUACUCCUAGCAAUGCUAGUGUUGAUGAUUCUGGACGAAGGCUGAAUAUUAGGCCUCAGACAACAUCCUAUGUUGAUGUCAGUUAUAUUCAUGGUAGAGAUAGUGACAAGGCUACCCUUAUAGCACAAUUAUUGAAGGAUGGUAAUAAAAAGGGGACCCAUGAUACCGUUUCUGUAGUGGGCACGGGUGGAAUCGGUAAAACUACUCUUGCAGGAAUAGUGUAUAAUAGUGAGGAAGUCACGAAGUUUGAUGUAAGAGUUUGGAUAUGUGUAUCUGAGCCACCUUUUGAUGAGGUAUUAAGAGUAGCUAAAGCAAUUGUAGAACAACUCGAAGGGAAUGCACCAAAUUUGUUUGAACUUGAGACACUUUUAGGCCGUGUGAGACAAGGUGUUGAGGGAAAGAAAUUUCUGUUUGUUUUGGAUGAUGUUUGGACGGAGGACUACGGUUGGUGGGAGCCACUGAAGAAUGCAAUCAGUUCCUGUGCACCAGGGAGUAAAGUUUUGGUGACUACCCGAAAAGAAAGGGUUGCGCAGAUCAUGAAGAGUGAUUACACUUUGCGUUUAGGCGAGCUGGCUGAGAAUGAUUGCUGGUUACUUUUUAGUCAUUUUGCGUUUUCUGAAAGUAACGAGAAGAACAGAGAACAAUUCGAAGAUAUUGGAAAGGAAAUUGCAAAAAAGUGUAAAGGGUUGCCCCUCGCGGCAAAGAUAAUAGGGAAUUACAUGAGAUUCAAAGAAUUAUUUGAGGAAUGGAGGUGUGUAUUGGAGAGUGAUAUGUGGGAAUUAGAAGCUACCAGUGAGGGUAUUUUCCCAGCUUUGCUGUUGAGCUACAAUGAUUUGCCUUCCGCUGUGAAGAACUGUUUCUUGUAUUUUGCUAAUUUCCCACAAGAUUGCGAGAUUGAGGCUGACAAUCUAAUCAAGCUGUGGAUGGCUCAUGGUUAUCUUAAUCUCAGGGGAAGAACUGUAGUUGAGGACAUGGAAGCGUUAGGCACCGAGUACUUGGAGACUUUGGUCAUGAGGUCUUUCUUUCAAAGAGUGAGGAAGGAAAAAGAUAAAGGUCAUCGUGAUAAUGUUAUCCGAUUCAAGAUGCAUGACAUGGUUCUUCAGUUAGGGCAAUAUCUGAAAAAGGACGAGUCACUUGUGAAAAACAGUGGUUUUGCCCUCUCAAACAAUUCUUCUUCUGGUGUUAAGACGCGCCAUUUAACCUUGAUGCGUUCUGAGGACAGUCCUUUCCCUGAAUCCAUAGGGCAUGCAGAAUCACUGCAUUCCUUUUGGGUUCAAUCCUUCCAUGACUCCCCAUCAUUUGUUUGUCAGGUUGACAUAGUCCCAACUGAGUUGCUGAAGCACUUAGUCCAUCUCAAGUCAUUAGAUUUGAGCCGAAACAGGUUGCGUGAACUUCCGAAGGAGAUUGAGGAGCUACAGAAUCUGAGGUACCUUAAUUUGUCCCACAAUCCAUUGUGGGAAUUGCCUGAAACAGUAUGUGUUUUGUAUCGUUUGCAAACACUGAAGCUGGUGGCAUGUAAUCACCUGAGCAGAUUACAGGGAAAGAUUCACAAGUUAAAAAACUUGAGGCAUCUCGAGAUUGACAUGACAGAGAGUUUAACUACAUUGCCUAAGGGAAUUGGACAGCUUACAUCUCUUAGAACACUUAGCAAGUUUAUCCUAACCGGCAGCAAUGAAGAAAGCGAGGGAAAAACAUGCACGAUUAGUGAUCUCAGUGGCCUAAACCAACUUCGCAACUCUAUCAAAAUCCAAGGCUUAGGGUAUGUAACCAAUGCAGCAGAUGCAGAAAAAGCUGAGUUGAAGAAGAAGGAACACUUGACAGAUGUGCAUAUGGAGUUUAACUCUCAAAUGCGAGGUGAGCAGGGGAGAGCAGAUGUUGCCGAUGCUCUUGAAUUGCACCCAAAUUUGCAAUCCUUGCACAUCAGUUCCUACAAUGGUGCUCGCCUACCUCAUUGGUUGACAUCAUUAACCAAAAUUAAGAAACUCAAACUGGAAGACUGUCCGAAUGUUAGAGUUUUGGUUGCCGUAGGAACACUUCCAUCACUUGAGAAUCUCUGCCUAGAGAAAAUGCACGGUUUGAAGCAUUUGGGAGCUGAACUCUUCGGUGCAUCAGCAGCGACAAAUGGAGUAGCACACAUGUUCCCAAAGUUGAAGAAACUGACUUUUGCACGGUUGAAUUGCUGGGAAGAAUGGAACAUGACCAUCGGCGAAAAUGGAACGGCAAGCAUAAUGCCAGCCCUUCAGUAUUUGAAGGUUUCAGAUUGUGAAAAACUGAAGACAUUGCCAGAUUGUGUGGUGUCCAAGUCUCCAUUGAAAAAGCUCUACAUCAAGAACUGCCCACUGCUGAAACAACAGUACGACAAGAAAACUGGGGAGCAUUGGAUCAAGAUAGCCCACAUCUCAAAAGUCCGGAUCCUGUAGCAAUUUUAAAUCAUUUCUCUCUGCUAAAUCAAUCUCUUCUUGUUUGAUUUCGCGUCACUGGAAGAUUAAACUUGUGAUCAAGAAGGAAAUGUAUCAUAAACAAUCAGUAUGUGUUUUGUUACCAGGAACAGUGACUAUACAGUGAUUAAACUUUCUUUUUUUUUUUUUCAUUUUUGUUUUAUUUUUUCCUACCUUUCGAGCAUAUAUGUUAACGUGUUUUUAGUAAAAUUCAAAAGUGUCGACCACAAAUUGAUCGAUGCAUGAGGCGCAACUGGAAUACUAACAUGGUAGGCAAGUCUGUACCCAAAAUUACAAAUUCAAAUGCAUUUCUUUUUCACGAGUCAAUCUGAAUGCCCAAUAGCUUUUCGGUGAAGGGAUGAUGUUAGCAUAUGAUUAUUUAAUGCAGAAGAUAUUUUUUUUCUUCCCAUUUAAGGAGCCAUAGAACGUGUAAAAAAG